AAUCCAGGUCCGUUCAACAUGAAGGAACAUGUACUCAUUUCUAUAUUUGCUAAUGCUGGAAGUGCUUUUGGGAAUGGUUCAGCUUAUGCCGUUGGAAUUGUGACUAUUAUCAAAGCUUUUUACCGAAGGAAUAUUUCAUUUUUGGCUGGUUGGCUUCUUAUUAUUACCACUCAGGUUUUGGGAUAUGGAUGGGCUGGGCUUUUAAGGAAGUACGUAGUGGAGCCCGCCCACAUGUGGUGGCCUGGAACUUUGGUUCAGGUCUCACUUUUCCGGUAAUGUGAAAUUUCUUAAUUCAUGACUUUCAUUUUUAUGAUUAUCCGACACUGACAAGUAGGGUUGUACAGGGCAAAUUGAUAAACCGCAUCAAAUCGAUAAAUCGAAUCAAAUCGGGAAAAAAACCCGAUUAGUGGUUUGGUUUGACUUGGGUUGGUGUUUGAAAAAAA